CUCAGCUUCCAUUGUUACUUUCGAUCGAUCGACUUUCUUCACUCAUCAUGAAGAUCGCUCUUGCAAUUCUGCUGUGCUUGGCACUGGUGCCCCUGGUCAUGUCUGGCUUCAAGAAGAAAUUCUUCAGAAGAGGCUACGGAUACGGCGGCGGCUAUGGCGGCCAUGGCGGUUAUGGUUACCACGUCGCACCCAUCAUUAUCGGAGGAGGCUACGGCCUGGGACACGGUGGAUAUGGCCUGGGACACGGUGGAUAUGGCUUGGGAUACGGUGGAUAUGGUCUUGGAUACGGUGGAUAUGGUCUUGGACACGGUGGAUAUGGUCUUGGACACGGUGGAUAUGGUCUUGGAUACGGUUACGGGAGGUAG